CAGCGCUUCCCCUGGCGCACUGCCACAGGCUGAGCCACCAGCCGCGCUAUAUAAGGCCCUGCGGCUGGACCGGAGAGCUGGAGACCUGAACCCCCAGCUGAGGAGUCCCGCUCAGGACACCAGGUUAUUGGAUCUGAGAAACUUCCUAGGGGACUGCAUUCUGAGGAGGACCCAACUCUGAAGCACCCUCAGCCAUCUCCUGCUAUGUUUCCAAGAGGGCCUGGGGGAAAGAUGGUGGGGACCAAGGCCUGGAUGUUCUUCUUCCUGGUCCUGGAAGUCACCUCUGUGUUGGGGAGGCAGAUGAUGCUCACCCAGUCGGUAAGAAGAGUCCAGCCUGGGAGGAGGACCUCCAACAUCUUUGCCAAACUUGUCAACUCUCUGGAAAGUCCUGGCGAGUGGACAACAUGGUUCAACAUCGACCACCCAGGUGGACAGGGUGACUAUGAGCGACUGGAUGCCAUUCACUUCUACUAUGGGGACCGUGUGUGUGCUCGGCCCCUGUGGCUAGAGGCUCGGACCACUGAUUGGACACCUGCAGGCAGCACUGGCCAGGUGGUCCAUGGCAGUCCCCAUGAGGGCUUCUGGUGCCUCAACAGGGAGCAGCGGCCCGGCCAGAACUGCUCCAAUUAUACCGUGCGCUUCCUCUGCCCACCAGGGUCCCUGCGCCGAGACACAGAACGCAUCUGGAGCCCCUGGUCUCCCUGGAGCAAGUGUUCUGCUGCUUGUGGUCACACUGGAGUGCAGACCCGAACACGCACCUGCUUGGCGGAGACAGUGUCACUGUGCAAUGAGGCCUCUGAGGAGGGCCGACUCUGCAUGGACCAGGCCUGUACAGCCUGUGACCUGACCUGCCCCAUGGGCCAGGUGAAUGCGGACUGCGAUGCCUGCAUGUGCCAGGACUUCAUGCUACAUGGAGCUGUUUCCCUCCCUGGGGGCGCCCCAGCCUCAGGGGCCACUGUCUACUUGCUGACCAAGACGCCUAAGCCACUGACCAAGACAGACAGCAGUGGGAGGUUCCGAGUCCCUGGCUUGUGCCCUGAUGGCAAAAGCAUUCUGAAGAUCACAAAGGCCAAAUUUGCCCCCAUCAUGCUCACAAUGCCCAAGACUGGGCUAAAGGCAGCCACUGUCAAUGCAGAGUUCAUGAGGGCAGAAACUCCAUACAUUGUGAUGAACCCAGAGACAAAAGCACGGAGAGCUGGACAGAGUGUGUCCCUAUGCUGUAAGGCCACAGGGAAGCCCGGUCCAGACAAGUAUUUCUGGUACCACAAUGGCACACUGCUGGAUCCCUCCCUGUACAAGCAUGAGAGCAAGCUGGUGCUGAGGAACCUGCAACAGGACCAGGCUGGCGAGUACUUUUGCAAGGCCCAGGGUGACGCUGGGGCUGUGAAGUCCCAGGUGGCCCAGCUGACUGUCAUAGCCGCUGAUGAGACUCCUUGCAAUCCAACUCCUGAGAGCUACCUUAUCCGGCUGCCCCAUGACUGCUUCCAGAAUGCCACCAACUCCUUCUACUAUGACGUGGGCCAUUGCCCGGUUAAGACCUGCGCAGGGCAGCAGGAUAACGGGAUCAGGUGCCGGGAUGCUGUGGAGUACUGCUGUGGCAUCUCCAAAACAGAGGAGAAAGAGAUCCAGUGCAGUGGGUACACACUACCCACCAAGGUGGCCGUGGGGUGCAGCUGUCAGCGGUGCACAGAGACCCGGAGCAUCGUGCGUGGCCGCGUCAGUGCUGCUGACAACGGGGAACCCAUGCGCUUUGGCCACGUGUACAUGGGAAGUAACCGUGUGAGCAUGACUGGCUACAAGGGCACCUUCACCCUCCAUGUUCCCCAGGACACAGAGAGGUUGGUGCUCACAUUUGUGGACAGGUUGCAGAAGUUUGUCAACACCACUAAAGUGCUGCCCUUCAACAAGAAGGGGAGUGCAGUGUUCCAUGAGAUCAAGAUGCUUCGGAAGAAAGAGCCCAUCACACUGGAGGCCACGGACACCAACAUUAUUCCCCUGGGGGAGGUGGCUGGAGAAGACCCUAUGGCUGAACUGGAGAUCCCAUCCAAGAGUUUCUACAGGCAGAAUGGGGAACCCUACACAGGAAAAGUAAAGGCCAGUGUGACCUUCCUGGAUCCCCGGAAUAUUUCCACAGCCACUGCUGCCCAGAGUGACCUGAACUUCAUCAACGAUGAAGGAGACACCUUCCCCCUUCGGACAUAUGGUAUGUUCUCUGUGGACUUCAGAGAUGAGGCCACCUCAGAGCCGCUUAAUGUUGGCAAAGUGAAGGUCCACCUUGACUCAACCCAGGUCAAGAUGCCAGAGCACGUGCCCACAAUGAAACUCUGGUCGCUCAACCCAGAUACAGGGUUGUGGGAAGAGGAAGGUGACUUUGAAUUUGAAAGCCAAAGGCGAGGCAAAAGGGAAGAGAGAACCUUUCUGGUGGGCAACAUGGAGAUCCGUGAAAGGAGGCUCUUUAAUCUGGAUGUCCCAGAAAACAGGAGGUGCUUUAUCAAGGUUAGAGCCUACCGGAGUGAGAGGUUCUUGCCCAGUGAGCAGAUCCAGGGGGUUGUGGUCUCUGUGAUCAACCUAGAGCCCAGAACUGGCUUCUCGUCCAACCCCAGGGCCUGGGGUCGCUUUGACAGUGUCAUCACGGGCCCCAAUGGGGCCUGUCUGCCUGCCUUCUGUGAUGACCAGUCCCCUGAUGCCUAUUCCGCCUAUGUCUUGGCAAGUCUGGCUGGGGAAGAACUGGAAGCAGUGCAAUCUUUUCCUAAAUUCAACCCAAAUACAAUUGGUGUCCCUCAGCCCUAUCUCAAUAGGCUCAAAUACCGUCGGACAGAUCAUGAGGACCCACGGGUUAAGAAGACAGCUUUCCAGAUCAGCAUGGCCAAGCCAAGGCCCAACUCAGCUGAGGAGAGCAAUGGGCCCAUCUAUGCCUUUGAGGACCUCCAGGCAUGUGAGGAGGCACCACCCAGUGCAGCCCACUUCCGGUUCUAUCAGAUUGAGGGGGAUCAUUAUGACUACAACACUGUCCCCUUCAACGAGGACGACCCUAUGAGCUGGACUGAAGACUACCUAGCAUGGUGGCCCAAGCCAAUGGAGUUCAGGGCCUGCUACAUCAAGGUGAAGAUUGUAGGGCCUGUGGAGGUGAAUGUGCGAUCCCGCAACAUGGGGGGCACCCACCGGAGGACAGUGGGCAAGUUGUAUGGGAUCCGGGAUGUGAAGAGCACACGGGACAGGGACCAGCCCAAUGUCUCAUCUGCCUGUUUAGAGUUCAAGUGCAGUGGGAUGCUCUAUGACCAGGACCGUGUGGAUCGCACACUGGUAAAGGUCAUCCCUCAGGGCAGCUGCCAUCGAGCCAGCGUAAAUUCCAUGCUUCACGAGUACCUGGUCAACCACCUACCACUAGCAGUCAAUAAUGACACCAGUGAGUACACCAUGCUGGCACCCCUGGAUCCACUGGGCCACAACUAUGGCAUCUAUACUGUCACCGACCAGGACCCUCGCACGGCCAAGGAGAUUGCACUUGGCCGGUGCUUUGAUGGGACAUCCGAUGGCUCCUCCAGAGUCAUGAAGAGCAACGUGGGAGUGGCCCUCACCUUUAACUGCGUAGAGAGACAGGUGGGCCGCCAGAGUGCCUUCCAGUACCUCCAGAGUCCCCCCUCCCGGCCCCCUGCCACAGGCACUGUCAGAGGAAGAGUGUCCUCAAGGAGACAGCAACGGGCUAGUAGGGGUGGCCAGCGCGGGUGAGAAGGCGUGGCCUCUCUGAGGUUUCCCGGGAUUGCUCCUCAGCCUCUGAGCAACUAAGUCAUAUGGUACUUUUCUUCCCCCACCUCAUGUGACAGCCAUUGUGAGACUGAUGUAUAAACUGUCACUUGGUUAAUUUAA